UGGACAGGCCCGUAGACCGUAAACUAGGACAGGACGCAGACGCAGCGCGUUACAUCCGCAUCCUAUAUAACAUGGAUGAGUCACAGCAAAGAUGCUGUAGUAACUGCGCAUUCACAGUUGCAGCGUUUACAGAUCUGUGAAGCUGAACCAGAAGUGCAGGUUGUGUCCCGUCUUUUGCGUCUCAUGCAGCGAAAAUAAUUUAUGAAGAGCCGUGCGAGGCUGGUUGUGUUUAACACUAGACUUUGUAUUUCAAAAGACCCAGUUUUCAUACGGAAACAUGUGAAGUGCUUGACUGUCGGAGGACAAAACCAAUAUUGUGUCACCCCUGUUAUUCUUGGCUGCUGUUGACAAGUCUAAAGUUCAUCAAUGCGGGCUGAACAAAAACUCACUGACCGAGCUUCAAUGGCAUCCUGUCCAACAACAGUCCGUCACUGCUGUCUCAACAAUGAACUGUGGAAAGCCUCAAGCACUGAUUGAAGAAUGGCAAGGUUUAGGCGCAAGUUUUGCAUCACAUUAAUUGCUUUGGUGUUGCUUGUGCUCAUAAUAACAGUGGUCUUGAAGGCACUUACACCAGAGGACUCUGCUGGUGUGGAGCUGUUCCCAGACAGAAAGAACGAGAUCCAGAAAGAAAACAACAACAAACCUGAUCAGACCAAAAUUAAUGACUCUGCUCAGUCAGACAAAGAUGCAGAACUGGAGGCCACACUGAGAAAGUUCCCUCCCCCAAACUACUAUCUCCAUGCCUUCUACUAUGCAUGGUAUGGGAACCCCAAGUUUGAUGGCAAAUACAUCCACUGGGACCACCCGCAGCUGCCACACUGGGACUUUAAGGUGGCUCAGGGAUAUCCACAAGGCAGACACAGCCCACCUGAUGACAUCGGGUCCAACUUCUACCCCUCUUUAGGGGCUUAUAGUUCCAGGGAUCCCUCCAUUAUAGAGGCUCAUAUGCAGCAGCUGCGUACAGCAGCCAUUGGUGUCAUCGCUGUUUCCUGGUAUCCUCCUAAUACGAAGGAUGAUAAUGGUGAGCCAACAGAUGACUUUGUGCCUUUGCUGCUGGAAGUGGCACAUAAAUACCAUAUUAAGGUAGUGUUUCACAUUGAACCAUACAAAGGAAGAGAUGAAGUCAACAUGUUCACUAAUGUCAAAUACAUCAUUGAGAAAUAUGGAGAGCACCCUGCUUUCUUCAAGUACCGGACAAACACUGGCAAGCUUCUUCCACUCUUCUAUGUGUAUGACUCAUAUCUGAUGAACUCAGAGCAGUGGGCCAAACUGCUAAAACACACAGAGAGUAACAGUAUCAGGGAUACCCCAUAUGACGCCAUUUUCAUCGCCCUGCUGGUUGAGGAGAAACAUAAGAGGGAUAUCCUGACUGCCGGGUUUGAUGGUGUCUACACCUACUUUGCUACUAAUGGUUUUUCCUAUGGGUCAACUCAGCGGAAUUGGGACUCUAUUAAAGCUUUCUGCGAAGAUAACAACCUGAUAUUCAUCCCAAGUGUGGGCCCUGGGUAUAUUGACACAAGCAUUCGACCCUGGAACUUCCAAAACACUCGAAAUCGCAUCAACGGCAAAUACUACGAAACCUCGUUGAGUGCUGCAUUACAGGCCAGGCCUGAUUUUAUCUCUGUAACAUCUUUUAAUGAAUGGCACGAGGGGACUCAGAUUGAAAUGGCAGUUCCCAAAACAAGCCAGACUGUGUAUCUGGACUACCUGCCCAAUAAGCCUGCAAUCUACCUGGAGAUAACUCGCAAAUGGGCUGCGAUAUUUGGUGGUGAGAGACGGAAAUGGCAGGAAUGAUCUAAGAACCGUAGCCGUAAUGUUUAUUCAUGGUUGCAUAAAAUAAUUACACAAAAGCUAAAUGAAGUUCUAAUUGCAGAAUGCGCAACAAAAUGCAAAUUAUGAAUAUCUAUGAGAACAGCCAAAUGAUUUGCAAAUCCACACGCAAGUGAACUACAUUAUCUUAAUUUUGGCUGCAGUGAUGUAUGUGAUUAUUUUUUUUACACUUGAGUGAAUUAUUGUUAAUUUAAAUUAUGUUUUAUUACUUCUUGUUUACACAGCCUUGAACAUUUUUGUCAUCACUGUAUCCAGCUGAAACUGCAUAGGCAUGUUUUGCUGUCCUGUAAUCUGUUACCAUAUUAAACCUCUGUAGAAAUGAAUAAAGUGCACUUUGGAAAGGAAGGCAAGAUGCAAGUAAACAAA